GCUCUGGGAACGUGGCAGGGGCGGCGUCUGGAAUUCGUUUCGGAUCCUGGCCGAGGUGUCAGAGCUCAGCACCGAGCUGUCCUCUCUCUCUCUCUCUGUCCUCACUCCAGGCUGUCCUGAGGCCGGCUGCCGCUGGCCACCAUGUCCACCAAGGUGCCCAUCUACCUGAAGAGAGGCAGCAGGAAGGGCAAGAAGGAGAAGCUGCGGGACAUCUUGUCCUCGGACAUGAUCAGCCCUCCUUUGGGGGAUUUCCGCCACACCAUCCACAUCGGCAGCGGCGGCCAGAGCGACACGUUCGGGGACAUCUCCUUCCUGCAGGGCAAGCUUCACCUCCUACCCCGCGGCAGCGCCGAGCCGACGCCGUUCGAGUUCUCCCGCGCGGCCGCCGCGUCGGGCGUCGAGGCGGCCACGGCGCCGUCGCCCUUGCUCAAGAACGCCAUUUCCCUGCCGGCGCUCGGCGGCGCCCAGGCGCUCACCCUGCCCUCGGCGCAGGCCCCGCCGAAGCCUCCGCGGCUUCACCUGGAGGAAACGACGACCCCGGCGUCGCCGGCGUCGCCGCGGGCCGAGCCCUUGGCGUCGCAGGCCGGCUCGUUGCUGUCCCUGCACGUGGACCUGGGCCCGUCCAUCCUGGAGGAUGUGCUGCAGGUCAUGGACAGGCACCGGGCCGAGCACGGCGCCCGGCCGGAGAUCCUGACGUGAGGAUGAGGAUGGAGAUUUUGGGGGGGUUUUUUUUUUUUUUUUCGGACCUCGGAUUCUCGACAGGUGAGGGUUCGGAUUUGGGACGGAAGCAAAGUGACCUCACCACCCACCCCGAGCUGUGCCAGCCUCGUCCAACGCCAGAGCUGAGCACAGGAAACGCGAGGAAUUCCCAGAGAUUCCGGUCAGGAGGAUCUGGGGGGACAGCGGGGUUUGUUCUCCACGGCUCUGAAUCCUUCACCUCAGCUUCUGCUCCUUCAAAUCCUCUGGAAACCUCAAAAAUGGGGAAAUCUCCAGCAGGCUUUGUGUCCCUGGGGAGAAGCCAAAGCUCCCCCCAUGGAGGAGCUCACAUCUCCCAGCGGGGCUGUUUUAGGAACUCAAUCCAUUCAGGGGCCAAAAAUCCCCUCUGGGACCGAACUGCAGAGACAGGAACGGGGCUGGAAUUGUCAGAGAUGCAGGAAAAAAGAAAAAAAAACCAAAAUCCCAGCAGGAGCUGCAGGUGGACUCUGGCAGGAGGGUGGAAUGGGAAGGAGGGGAUGCCCAGGGGAAUUCCAGCUGGAUUUUCAGGAACCAGGACAGAAACCCCAGCCCAGGGACAGGCUGGGACCAGGCUCCCUCCAUGAAUUCCAUCCUUUCACCCAUUCCUGGGAAUUUCAGCCCAGAACCAGGCCGGGAUGUGGGGUGGAGUCUUGGCCCCUCCUGUCCCUCAGUUCCUCAUUGCCUAACGAGUCUAAUUUAGAUUAUCUGACUAAUGAGUCAUUAGAUUGUCGUUAAGGAACCCUUGUCCUGCCUCUUCCUUCCCUAAACCCAAACCACUUCUGGUGAAAACACCCAGAGUUUGGGGAUAAAUGGACUUUCCAAGGUUUUCAUCUGUAAAAUAAUUAAGAAACUGAGGUUAAUUAGGCUCAAUCAGCCCCCAGGUUUAAUUUCUAUUUGGUCCAGCUCUUCCCUGCUCCAAACUCUUCUCUCCCCCCAUGCUCUGCCCACUUUUUAUUUAUUUUGGGAUUUCUUUCCUCCCCAAACCAAUUCCAGCACGAAGCUGUUUCAGGGCCUCGUUUGUGAUUAAUUAACCCCAGGCACGAGAGACUUUGAUGGGAACGUGGCUCCGUGUCCCCUCCUGUCCCACAAACACACCCCAGCUGCUGCUCGGACAAACAACUGUUAGGGAAACCAGCCCAGAACGGCUCAUUUUGGGUGGGUUUCAGUGGUUUGGGGGGUUUCCA